AUGGCUCUAAGCUCUAAGCCCAAGGGCUUCUACUCGUCCGGUUUCUGGACCGACUAUCUCGCUGCGCAGCGAAGGAAAUUGCCUACACUCCAGGAUAUUGACGAUGGUUUCUCUCAUCGCGUCGUUCGUUUUCUGGGGGGCAAUCCGGGAGACAUGCAACUUCAGGGGACCAACACAUACUUAGUUGGUACCGGCAGGAGCAGAAUUCUCAUCGACACCGGCGAGGGCUUCCCGCAAUGGGCUACGAACCUCACCGUAUACCUCGACAGCCAUGACAUAGAAAUAUCCCAGGUGCUACUGACCCACUGGCACGCUGAUCACACUGGAGGAGUUGACGACCUGCUUGCAUACGAUCCAAGAAUAACAGUUUACAAGAACCGACCCAACAAAGACCAGCUAGCCAUCGCAGACGGGCAGACAUUUUGGACGCAGGGUGCAACAUUAAGGGCCGUAGUGACGCCUGGGCAUUCCAGUGAUCAUACGUGCUUUGUGUUGGUGGAGGAAAACGCCUUGUUCACUGGAGACAACGUGUUAGGCCACGGUGACAACCCUUUCGUCGACCCUUCCGAAAUUGGCCAGGCAGACCGGAGAGGGAGCGUAAAAGACGCCGGCCGCUCCACCAGAUUUAUGCUAUUCGGCAACGAGCUUCCUAGCGGUGAUCUGCGCGACCUCUUCCGCAGGCUGCAUAGAUGUGCCAAGCUACCUAGAUAUUCCCUUCUGGCCACUUUUUUGCGGCAGAGCGCUUGGGUGUUGAGACAGGAGAUUCAGAAGCAGCCGCGGCAAAUACGCGAGACGGUACCGCCAUUCAGCGAUGUUGUUACACUGGCUUCGCUUUGGGAUGGGCUCAAAAGCAGUCACUUGGGUGGUGCCUGGGAGGCUGCAUUCGUCUGCAUCUACGAGAUUGCUAUGCUCAUCGGAUACCAUGAAACAUACCAUACCCCACACCACAUUGAGUCAAGUGGGAACAGGAAUAUGAUCACCGACACAGGCUGUCUGGCAGGAAUCAGCGUCGGCCUCUUCUCGGCUGCAGCAUUGGCGGUGUCUACUUCUCUCCUAGACGUCGUGUCUUAUGGAGCUGAGAGUGUGAGGAUUGCCUUCACAUUUGGUGCUCACGUUGGCCGUUGCUCCCAGCUUCUCGAGCCCACCGUGGCAGCAACCUCUCCUGCUAGCUGGGCUUAUGUGAUCAUGGGUAUACCAGUGGAGAUCGUAAAGGCAGAGCUCGACAAUUUCAAUGGCCAACAGCAAGCCUCUGAUAAAGAUAAUAUCAACGGAUCAAGUACAACGACGCCACUGACCCAGGUCAGCAUCAGCCACGUUGACCACGCCUCAGUCGGUGUCACCGGCCCUCCUUCGCGCCUCAGGGAACUCUUCCGGCAGUCACCGAGGCUUGGCUCAUCCCGACAUGCCCCGUUGCCCAUAUCUGGAGGUCUAUGUCAUGUUCCCAAUGUGUACGACGCCAAUGACGUGCGUAUUAUCCUCGAGGCGGCGGACGUAGGUGAGCGUUGGGGCCCCAAGCUUGUCCAGAGGCCACUGCUGUCGCCAUACACUGGAGCCCCUUUCUCGGCCACGGAUGCGAGUGGCCUUAUUGAGUCUAUCUGCACCGAGGCUUUGACCAAGCCGUUGUACUUUGACAAGCUUGGCGGUGGUGCGGUCACGCAACUCAAGAUGCACGAGGAGUCGUCAUCGUUUGAGAUGCUCCAUUACCAAACGUCACCGCUCAUGGAAAACAUCAUCUCUAGCAUCACAGAUGAACUCUCCAGCUCGCCCAAAACCUGUGUCCGGCGCCAGGACAUUGUGGAAUGGGUGAUGCAAGACGAAUCGCGGUUCGAUCAGCUCCACGGUACUCCAGGCCUUCCGCAAGAGUCAAAAUUGGCUGUGGUCGGCAUGUCCUGCCGCCUCCCAGGGGGCGCCGAUACUCCUGAGCAAUUCUGGCAACUCUUGGUCGACGGCCGUGAUACCCACACCAUCAUCCCCCCGGAUCGAUUCGAUGCCGAUGCGCAUUUCGACCCCACUGGGGAGACGGAAAACUCAAUAGGGACAAAAUUCGGCAACUUCAUCGACAACCCUGGCCAAUUCGAUGCUGGAUUCUUCAACAUGUCGCCACGCGAGGCUCAACAGACAGAUCCGAUGCAGCGUCUGGCUCUGGUCACUGCAUAUGAGGCCCUCGAAAUGGCCGGCUUUGUUCCGAACAGGACACCAUCGUCUCAUGUGUCACGGGUAGGGACUUACUACGGCCAAGCCAGCGACGACUAUCGGGAAGUCAACGCAAGCCAGAGAAUCGGCACCUACGGGAUUCCUGGAACCGAGAGAGCUUUUGGAAACGGCCGCAUCAACUACUUCUUCAACUUCAAGGGGCCCAGCUUCAACGUCGACACGGCGUGCUCCAGUGGCCUUGCCGCCGUUCACGCAGCCUGCUCGGCGCUGUGGGCUGGCGAUGCUGAUACUGUCGUGGCCGGGGGCCUCAACGUUAUUACAAAUCCAGACAUUUACUGCAUGCUGAGCAAGGGGCACUUUCUGUCCAAGACGGGCCAGUGCAAGGUGUGGGACGCUGGAGCCGAUGGCUACUGUCGAGCCGACGGUGUUGGCUCAGUCGUCAUCAAACGCCUCGAGGAUGCCCUCGCGGACAACGACGUGGUCCUGGCGACCAUCGCAGCUGGUUCCACAAACCACUCUGCUGAGAGUAUCUCCAUCACCCAGCCCCACGCCGGAGCCCAGAAGGACAAUUACCGUCAAGUGCUGGACCAGGCUGGUGUCAACCCUCUGGAUGUCAGCUUUGUCGAACUGCACGGCACGGGGACUCAGGUCGGAGACGCCAUCGAGUCCGAGUCGGUGCUCGACUUCUUUGCGCCUAUAGGGCGGCGUCAACGCCCCGAAGAGCGUCUUAACCUGGGCGCCGUGAAGUCUAACAUCGGACAUGGGGAGGCCGCUGCAGGAAUUGCGUCGCUGAUCAAGGUGUUGUUGAUGUACCGGCACGGGGCCAUCCCGCCCCAUAUUGGCAUCAAGACGACUAUGAAUCCUGUCGUGGCAGAGCACUUAGCCAACCGCAAUGCUGGCGUCAUCUCUGGAAGGAAUGCCCCGUGGCUCCCAAUUUCGCAAUCUCAUGGCGCGAAGCGCUAUUCGGUCGUCAACAGCUUCGGUGCCCACGGUGGCAAUACGACGCUGCUCCUUGAGGACGCACCGGAGACAACAACAGUACGCACCGAGCAAUGUGAGGAGUCUAGCCUCAAGGCGGCGGUAUGCGAGGUUGUCUGCGUCUCAGCCAAGAGCAAAGCCUCUCUUCGCGGCAAUGUCGCUGCUCUGCUGGACUAUCUGGAUCGCAACCCCGAGACCGAACUCAAGGACGUUGCCUACACAACCUCUGCCCGGCGAAUCCAUCAUCACAUUCGCAUAGCCGCUUCAGUCUCUACUACCUCCCAACUCCGAGGCUUCUUAAAAGCUGCAGUUGAUGAUAUCGAUUCGCAUGCGAGACAUGUCUCGACGGCCACGAAGAAAACAGUCGUAUUUGCUUUCUCGGGCCAGGGUUGCUUUUAUCGGGGUGCUGCAGCACAAUUAAUGGAGCGAGCGCCAGACUUUCGCCAUCUGGUACUCCAGAUAGACCGACUGGCACGGCAAAUGGGUUUCCCUUCGGUGCUCUCUGCAAUUUCCGGUGAUGCGGCAUCCAGCAAGAUCGGCGAUGAUGUUACCAACAAAAUAUCUCCACCUAGUUCCACGCCCUCUAGCACCACUGGAGAGAAUGGAUUUGAAGCUUUGGUGUCGUCGAUCAAGAGUAUCAGUUCUACGUCCGUAUCUACGGAACCGGCGACGGUAGUAGAAGCGGAGAGCCCACUUGUCACUCAACUCGCCACCGUCGGCCUCCAAAUCGCAUUGGCACAGUACUUGGUGCAGCUUGGCAUCACAGCCAACGCCGUCAUUGGACAUAGUCUGGGCGAGUAUGCAGCAUUGGUUGCCGCUGGUGUCUUGUCAGUGGCAGACGCUCUGUUCCUAGUUGGGAAGCGAGCUCAGCUCAUGUUGGCAGCCUGUGAGGCCGGCAGCCAUGCCAUGUUGUCCAUCCGGGGUGCCUCGGGGGCCCGCAUCGACGAGCUCUGUAACGCGAGCCAGCAAAAGUUCCACUAUGAUAUCUCGUGUGUCAACGGGCGCGCCGACACUGUCGUGAGCGGCCGUCGAAAAGACAUGGUUGCGUUGCGCGAUAUGCUGCAGGGGAACCAUGGACUCAAGUGUGUCCUCCUCGAUGUUCCGUUUGCGUUCCAUUCGGCACAGCUGGACCCGAUUGCCGACGACUUUGAACAAGCUGCUGGCUAUGUCACGUUCAAGGCCCCUACAGUCCCAGUUGUCUCUCCUUUACUGGGGCAGUGCAUCUCCAAAGGUGGCAUCAUCGACGCGACCUAUCUACGGCGUGCUACCCGCGAGCCUGUUGAUUUCGUGUCUGCGCUGGACGCUGUCACGAGCGACGGCGUGGCCGACAAUCAGAGCAUCUGGAUUGACGUAGGACAUCAUCCUGUCUGCACUUCGUUGGCUCGGAAUGUGAAAGUAGCAACAAAUAUUCUGGCGUCGCUGCGGCAAGGCGACGACACACAGUCAACCUUCACUUCUACUCUAGCCACACUGCACUGUCUCGGCCUUCCUGUUGCGUGGAAUGAGUUCUUUGCUGGUCGAGAGAAGUCCCAUCGUCUGCUUCACCUCGACGCAUACCAAUGGAACCUGAAGAACUACUGGAUUCCGUACGACACCACGUGGACGCUGGAUAAGGCACACGCUGGGGCCAAGGAAACCAGCAAAUCGAUGCCGAGUCCACCUUUCUUCACUUCAUCUGUGCAACAGGUGAUUUCCGAGGAAUUUGAUGGAAUGUCGGGACGGAUGGUAGCACUGUCCAACUUGGCCCAUGCUGACCUCCUUGGGGCAGCAGACGGGCACAAGAUCAAUGGGCGUAGCGUGGUGACUGGGAGUGUCUGGGCAGAUGUCACCUUGACGGUCGGCGAGUACAUGUAUAAACGUAUGGCCCCGGGAGAUGACCGACCCAACAUGAACGUCAAGAAUAUGCAGGUGCUUGAGGCCCAGGUAUUGCAUGACGGGGACUCGUCCCACUACAUCCAGAUUCAAGGGGACCUGGAUAUGUCCCUUAGACAGACGCAAGUGGCACUCUAUGCAGCAAGCGCCGACGGAACUCGCAAAUCGGACAAAGCCUUCGCGAUGGCAACUGUCUGCUACGAAGACGCACAGCAAUGGCAAGCAGAGUGGCAGAUCGCCUCACAUCUCGUCGCCACACGCGCCCGCUCGCUCUGGCAAGAUGCAUCCAACGACAGCAGCAGAGUGAGCCGACUGUCCAGGGGCGCCGUGUACCAGCUGUUCGCCAACGUGGUGGCCUACGCGCCGCGGUACCGCGGGAUGCAGCGCGUCGCCCUGGCCGAGGAGUCCCACGAGGCGACGGCCGACAUCCUGCUGGACGACUCGCGACACGGCACCUGGAACACGCCUCCCCACUGGACCGACAGCACCUUCCAGCUGGCAGGACUCGUCAUGAACGCCUUUGGCGUGCAGGGCGACGACGCCGACACGACCUGGUCGUCUCGCGACUUCUUCUUCAUCACGCCGGGCUGGCGCUCGUUCCGUCUUGCAGAGCCGCUUGCGCCUGGGCCCGACGUCACUUAUCGCAAUUAUGUCCGCAUGUUCCCACUUGAAGGGGAGCCCGGGACGUUUGCAGGUGAUAUAUACCUGCUCCGUGGCGAGAGGGUCGUCGGUAUGUGCGCUGGUAUCAAGUUCAAGCGUGUCCCGCGCGCGAUGAUGCACAUCAUGUUUCCUCGACAGACGGGUCAGGGCAACAGCAGCGGCCGGAAUCCUGGGUCUGCUUCGGCCAACGUGAGCUUUACCAGCACCGAGCCAAGCAACAGGCAUGGCAACAGCAAUGUCCAGUCUCCUGGGCCACUCACUGCUGUCACCUCACAGACACCCAUCCCUGCCAUAGCCAGCCCGCAGCGGCAAGAAAACAUCAACGCCAUGCAAACGACGGAGCCCAUCGUGUCGGCCACGGAGAACACUCAGCGGGCACAGGCACAUGGCGGGGAAAACACGCGCGUGGAUGCGUGCCUCCAGCUUAUUGCGGAUGAAACAGGCCUGGAUCUAGAGGAUCUGUCCGGAGAUGCUGCUUUUGGUGAGCUUGGCGUCGAUUCUUUGAUGUCGCUCGCAUUGUCUGACAAGAUGCGCGUGGAGUUGGGCAUUGAUGUCAAGGCAUCUAUCUUCAUUGAGUGUACCACUGUUCAAGAGUUGGUCAAUUGGCUGGAGUAUAUUCUUACCCAACCUCUCGACUACAGCCCCUUGUUUUCUCGCCUGAGUUUUUCUUCCCCUUUCCUACUGCCCGAGAUCAGUCACUAUGGCUCCUUCACUCAGCCCAAUUGUUGUCCGGGCGGCUGCGGCUUCAUCGGCUUCCACAUCGUCGAGGGCCUGCUUGCUCAAGAGCCCGAGAGCGAGAUCCACGUCAUCGACAUCGACAUCAACCGCAACACACAUCCCGGCGUCAACUACCACAAAUGUGACAUCGCAUCAGCCGCUGAUGUUGAGGCAGUCUUUCUUAAAGCCAAGCCCAAAACAAUUUUCCACGUCGCUUGCCCCGACUCUAUGGUGCAGCAGCCCCAUGUCUUCAGACGCGUCAACGUUGGCGGUGCCAAGAACAUCCUCUUGGCUGCACGGAAGGUUGGGACGCUACGAGCCUUGGUCAACACAUCUACCUCCUCCGUUAUCCAUGACAAUGUUAGCGAUCUCAUCGACGCUGAUGAUUCACUGCCCGUGCUGAAGUACCCAGCGCAGAAGCGAAUCUACACGUUGACCAAGGCGGAGGCGGAAGCCGACCUCAUCGCUGCAAACCGCAGCGGCGGGGACUCGUCCAUGCUGGUUGUGUCUUUGCGCCCGGCCACUGCCUUCGGCGAGCGCGAUACUAUCUGUAUGGGCAAGAUUGUGGCGUCCUGUAGAGCUGGCAAGGGCAAUAUUCAGAUAGGCCCAGGCACUAACGAGUACGACUUUAUGUACGUGUCAAACCUUGUCGAUGCGCACAUUCUCGCGGCGCAAGCACUGCACGACGCAUAUGGAAAGCCUGUGCCAGAGGACGACAAACGUGUCGACGGCCAGUGCUUCAACGUCACGAAUCACGAACGCAUCCUCUUCUGGGACUUCCAGCGAGGUGUCUCGGCCUCUAUUGGACUACCUGUGAAGCCGGAAGACAUCAGGGUCGUUCCGGCAUGGGUUGCGCUGCUUGGAGCGUCAAUUAUGGAGUGGAUCACGUGGAUUCGGACUCUAGGCAAGGGACAGCCAGCCAUCACACGAGAGGCUGUUCAACUUACCACUAUUACACGUACCCUGAAUGGCGAUCGAUUUCAGCGCGUGACUGGAUAUCAGCCAAGAGUCAGCAUACGCGAUGGCCUUGAGAUUACUGGGAAAUGGUUUUUGGAGGAGCAGAAGAAGGAGACACAGGGCGUUAAGAAGACUAUAUGA